AAAUGAAUCAAGUUUACUGAAAUAGGAUAGUUUUUAUUCUAAAUAGUGUUUUAAAAAUGUCAUCAACGAACAUCGAUGACCAGUUUUGCAAAUUCAAACCAGAUCGAAAUGUUAGUAAAUUAUCUGAUAGGCCAAUUAACGCAACUUCGUGUUUGUGUCUACGAUUAAAACAAUUUUAUCGCUCGCUCAGAUAAGAUACAACGCCAUACAGCGAUUUACUUACGAACGUAACCGACUGUUUAGUUCCUUAGUGGUAAUCUCGGUAACAUUCUUGGUAAAUAUCUAAUAUCAACCGUAAAAAAAAGAUGUCCGAAAAGUAUGAAGAUUUCGGAAUGGAUCCUUUAGAUUUAUUUAAAACUGAUCUUGGUCAUAACGACAGUCAGACUCAAUUAAGAGCAUUACACAUGCUAUCAACUGUUGCUGUAGCUUUGGACGUUGAUAGAACUAGAGAUGAACUUGUACCAUUUUUAGAAGAUUACCUUUAUGAACAUAUUUUUGAAUGCGAUACUUUAUUGGUUGUAAUGGCUGAACAACUAGGAAAAUUCGUCCCAUUUAUUGGUGGUCCUGAUUACGCUCAUCUUUUAUUUCCUAUGUUAACAAAAUUAGCUGCUUCUGAUGAAAUGGAAACAGGCGAAAAAGCAGUGAUGUCAUUAAAAAAUAUUGCAAGUCAAUUAAAGGAAGAACAACUUGAGCAAGAUUUUAUCACAGUUAUCGAGCAAUUAGCCCAAGCGGAAUGGUUUACAUCGAAAUGUUCAGCAGCUCCAUUAUUCGCAGUGGCAUAUAGAAAAGUUAGAGAACCAUGUAGACAAAAAUUAUUAAAUAUGUUUUCUAAUUUAUUACAAGAUGAAUCACCUAUGGUUAGAAGAGCAGCAGCUACUAGUCUAACGGAUUUUAUCAUAUACGCUGAUAUGGAAGAAAUAAAAAAGGAAUUUAUUCCUAGUUUUAAAGACUUAGCUAAAGAUGACCAAGAUUCUGUUAGAAUAUUAGCAGUAAACGUAGCAAUAUCACUAUCAUUCCAAUUAACAACAGAUGAAAUCGUAGAACAUAUUAUGUCAACAUUACAAGCACUUUGUGACGAUUCAUCGUGGAGGGUAAGAUACCGAUGUGCUUUUGAAAUCAAUAACAUUCAAUCCUCAAUUGGUCCAAACUUAACACGACUCUACUUAAUAGAUAUGUAUAAAUCAUUAAUAAGGGAUACCGAAGCAAAUAUUAGAGAAAUAUCAGCAAGAAACAUAGUAAGAUUUUGUCAAAAUUUGCAAACAUCUUAUAAAGAACUAGAAAAAGAAAGUGGUGAAAAUUUAGACCCGAUCAUUCAAAAGGAAAUAUUACCGCUGAUUCAAGAAUUAGAUCAAGAUCCUGCUGAGGAUGUUCAAGAUGGAUUAUAUUCAGUGAUAACAUCUCUAAGUACUUUGUUGGGGGAAAAAUGUACUAAAGAUUUUUUGGUGCCGUUAAUAACGCGUUGUAUUGAAAACGAUUCGAGUAAAGUAAAAGAAAAUAUCAUAAAUAGUUUAAAUAAUAUUUUAUGUGUGAUUGGUAUUGAUGAUCUAAGUAAAACGGUGGAAAAAUUAAUUUCGGAUUUAUUAAAAAACUCAAAUACUUUAUGGCGUACAAGAAGAAAUUUAAUAGUUACUUUAAGUCAUAUUGCAAAACAUUCAAAACAAGAAUAUUUUGAUGAACAUUUAAAACAUUUAUACGUUUCUUUAUUAAAAGAUGCAAUCAACGGUGUUAGAAGAGUUGCACCUUUAGCUUUACCAAUAUUUGUGAAACAUUACACAAUGUCAUCGUGGGGUAAAGAAAACAUAAUAAAAAUCAUAUUAGAAUUAGCUGGAACUUAUGGGUACCGCAUCAGAUUAAUGUCUCUAUUUUGUAUUGACGAAUUAGUACUUCCAACAUUAGACAAAAAAUCUGACGGUCUUUUAACAACAUUAAAAUGUAUCCAAGACGAAAAUUCUUCGAUAGUUUUAAACAAAAUCCAUAAACUGAACGAGAUAUUAUCAAAUAACUUUAAUAACGUAGACAAUGAAUGGUUAAAUAUCGUCCUUAAAUAUUGUGAAGACGAAAAUUAUUUUAACGACAACAUAAAAUGUUUCGCCGAAGAUAGUUUCGAUGAUUUAAGAAAUUGCGUCGAUCAACAAAUAAUUGCCGUUGGUAAAAAUGAAAUCGAUAAUCCAAAAGAAGAAAGUUACUUGGAAGGAAUUUUAUUUCUGAUCGUCGUUUGCUUUAUGGAUGUUAUUAGAGAAUUGGCACAAGAUAAAGUUUAUAACGUGAGAAUGAGGGCGGCAAGAACAUUACAUCGUGUUAAAAACUUAAAUAAACAGCUAACCGAAGAAUUAAAUCAACCGUGGGUUAAUAGCGUUUUAAAUAUUUUAUCAAAUGAUGAAAGGGAAACUAUAAAUAUAGAGUUGCAAAACGAUUUAACCAACGGUCAUAUUAAAUUUUUAGAACUUAAAAGAGAUGUGUUUAUAGCGUACAUUGAAGACAUUCCUGACGUCCCUAUUUUGGAAGCGAAAGAUAUUAAAGAAGAAUUGGAAAAAAUCGAAUUGGAACAACAAAUAGCCGAAUCUAUAGAUAUAUCAGAAACACUCGAAAAAGUAGCGCCAAAUGAUAAAAUUGAAGUUGGAGAGGCUGCAACAGAUUUUUUUUUAGCUAAAGAAGAUUUUCAAGAUUUAGUAGUUUCACCGAAUACUAGCAAUAAUCCAACACCUAUGGAUCAAUCUGAAAAUUCGGAAAAGAAUAGUAGUACAAAAUCUAUAGCAAAUGAUGCACCACAAGUAGUUAGUAAAGAAGCAGUAUUUAUAUCGGAUGAUAUAGAAAUUUAAUAAAGUAAAAUUAAUAUAUUAUUCUUAACUUAAUAAU